CGCAGGUCCACAUGGCGGUGAGCGCUGGGUCAGUACGCUGUCAGUACGCGCCCGAGUACCGCCAGACAAUGUAGUGUCGUGUCUCUGUGCCACUUGGAUAUACCUACGUACCGCGAGUGCGUGUGUUGGUGUGCUCACACAGGUCUCAUCCUAUAAACCCUGCCUGUCUUAGAUGGCUGGUACAACAGUAUUUCUACUUCUGCUAGUCUUCGCAGUCCUUGCAACCGCCAAGGAUUAUGUCCUGGAGGACUUGAUUGCUGAGGAGAGCGGGACAAACAACAGGAGAGUCAUCCACAACAUUGGAGAUGAUUUGGACCAGUCAAAAGCCAAGAAAGUUGUCCAGCAAAGCAGAGUAGAAGAUACGAUCCGAACAGUCCAAGAGCCUCUCACAGGUCCGGGGUACAAACAGGAACCUAAUCAAAGUGCUGCUGUCAAGGAUAAGGGUGGGGGAAGAAAAGAAGAAGAUGAUGAAGACAAAAAGACACUGUCACAACAAGUACAAGAAGGAAGAUACAGCUUACUGCAAGAAGAUAUUUUUGCCAAAAUACCAAAGAGGCCGGGGAUAAUAAGCUAUGAAGUAAAUCCUGAAGUUCCAAAGGACAAUGUUAACAACCUUGGUGGCUUAAAACCGGAGGAAAUAUGGUUAGCUGAAAAUCAUUUGCUGAUUUUGGCAGGGGGAAGUUUUGACAAUAAAGAAUCCAAUCAACCCAUUUGGCCUCCAAUUGAUAAUUACAUUGCACCACAACGACAAGUGAAAAUUCCACCGAAUCCCAAAGUGCCACCACCGUUUCCAGUGCAACUUAAACCAGGUGGUCCUAUUGAAUUCAUAAAGAAUGAAAAUGGUACUGGUGGUCCUCCUCCUUUUCUCCCUCCUUUCUUUCCUUUAUCUGAGAAUGCUUCGUUUCCAUUCCCAUCUUCAGAUAAUGGUCCGGGAAACUUAACACCGGGGAACGGACCUUACCUUCCACCUCCGUUCCCCUUUUCCCCACCACUGAACGGAUCUUUCUUCCUUCCACCACCGGGAUUCCUACCACCAAUUCCACCAGGAGCAGCUUUUCUUCCUCCACCAGGAAACCUUACCGAUCAAUUCGACGAAGACGACCCAUCUCUCUAUUAUCCUCCACCUUACGACUUCUACUACCCAAAAGACAACAGUUCUUUAGUGCCGCCCGGACCUUUAGUUCCCGGUAUCGUCCUGCCUCCGCCGCCGGACUUCUUCGCACCAUACAAAAACACAACAGCGUCUAAAGCCAGGAGACCACAGACAAGACCGCCUUUCAAGAGCAAACCGACAACAAGAAAACCUACUAAGCACAAAAAUGUUCAUAUCAUUACUAGUACGGAAGAUCCUUAUAAUGGAGUCAAGAUAAAACCAAGUAUUGGAAAAGUGAACAUACUUACAACACCUCCACCAUUAGUUCGUACAACUUUCACUCCACCACCUGUGACUACCAAUAUCUAUACAAGACCACCAUCUGUCAAAACUACAACUGACAGCUCACUCAAUGAAAUUACAAGACCAACAAUUGUGCAUGCAUUGCCUCCAAAUGCUGUAGUAAAGGGUUGGGUGCCUAUUCCGGCACCACAUCCUUACUAUAUUACAAGUGCCAGAAAACCAUUGAGAAAAGGGACCACCACAACAAUACCACCCGAUUAUAACUCCAUCACACCACCAGAAGACCAAGGAUACGUAUACAACGCUCCUGAUUAUGAACUGUCAAUCAAUAGUUGGCUAUACCCAAACAAAUCAAAAACGUAUGAUCAAGAGCAGCAAUACUUCAAAACCAUCACUCAACCUCCAAAACAAGAUUUUUAUUAUGACGAUUUUUACUCUGACAAAGGUCAGUUCUAUACUUCUACAGAAUCUCCUAUCGGUUAUGAUGACCAAACAAAAUUAAAAUCACUAUUUUACCCGACCAGAUCACCACCUACAACAAUAGUGCCACCUCGCUUGUAUGGCUCAAACGUAGGCAACCGAGGAAAAUCGUUGAAGACAUAUUACUUCUACGAGGAACCACAUAUUUCAGAAGGCCAACUGACUGAUGCAGAAAAUAUACCUCAACAAUACAGAGGUGGAAACUCCCACACCAUAACAGAGGAGGUUUACAUCAACACAGCUGCUAAACAGUCCGUUCAAGGUCGUUUCAAACCCUCUCCCCUGGACUACUUUUAUCCUCAAGACUACAGCAACACCGGUGCACAGCAGACCACAACAGAAUCCCCACUGCAGUAUUACUACGUACCUGAACACACAAAGGAUUUCGAUAGCUACCCUUACCCUCCAUCUGUAGGGAGCACACCUAAACCGAGAACAUCCACCAAACCUCCCGUCUACGAAUACAGUUUUUCAAUUCCUGGAUACGGUUCAUUAGACUCUCCGAAGGUAGGAAUUGCAAAACCCGAAGAAUACCCUGCAAAGUUUGAUUAUCAGACAACGGCUAAGCCGUACAACGAACAACUGUACACGACUUCCACUCCGACUACAACUGCAUCACCUGUCUACAGGAACCAACUCCGUGGCGAGAGCCAAUAUUAUACCACACAGAGACCUUCAAUCCAGUACUACACUACACAGAAACCACAAGUUGAACAAGCCAUACAAACGGAGAAUCCUUAUCACGCUUUCUUCACCCAUCACGAUGCCGGCCUUAUAGAUGACAUAACAAAAAAAUAUUUUACAACUUUCGGGCAGAAACUGAACAAAGAUUCAAUAAGAGGAGAAGCUUUGACCACACCAUUACCACCGGUAGCCAAUGAUCCCGUACAACCGUAUUACACACAGACUUCUCCGAGACCACAGUACUACGAGAACGACAGACCCAGACCGCAGUAUCAACAUUCUCCUCCACUGGCUGUGUCUGGAUUUUACACAACAGCUCCUCCACCCCAGAACUAUCCCCAGAGAGUCAAGUACUCUCGUCCAGUAUACAGUCAAUACUAUGAUCAGCGAUCACAGUCCUCCAUCGUGUCAACACAAAAACCGAUCUCACUCAGCUCAGACAUCUUGGUUAACUUCAAGGAACCUCUUCCUCCAAUAAAUCCGGACGCCGAAUUCAUCGAUACCUCCAAUCCCAGUCUGUCCAAGCCUGAACAGUCAUUCAUCUCCUAUCGGCUGCCAGGUAACGGCGGAGGCCACUUCUUCUUCCUGACACCUCAAGUGGCCCAGCAGAGCCAGCAGUACUCUGACUACGUGUACGACGCCGAGCGCACUGGGACCUACUACAAGCGCAACGUACGGCGGCCCCAAAACCAGCGGAAACGACCCGCCGUAUCACGCACGUCAUGAGACUGAACUACUUUAGCCAAUUUUACAAGUUCUGGAGUAAUUUGUCUUUGAAAAUGAUCUUUUUAAACAUAAUUAAUAGUACUUUCAUACAACUAAAUAUCUUAAGAAUUUUCAAAGAGAAGCUUAAAACAAUUCAAAAAUUAUUACUUAUAUUUUUGAAACCCUGCUUUUAAAAGGGUGUGCUAUGUAACUCUUACUCUAGAGUUGCGAUGAUUUUUUUUUUUAAUAGCAAGACAAACUUACAUACAGGUUAUGUUUAGAACUAAAAUAUGCCAAGUAGCAUAGAGAAAAUCGAAAGAUUUUAAGACUUCAAACACUAAAAGAGAUCAAAUUUAUAUAUAAACUUUUAAUCUAAAAUAAAAAUUGUCAAAUGGAAUAAUUAUUAAGAUUUGCAAUUUUUGGAUGUAUCAAAAAGGAAUUUUCACCUUCUUUCUAGCUUGGUAGAACAGACUCCCAGGGGAAAGAUUCUGUAUUUUCAAUAUACAGUGUCGGUACUUAUCUCAGAAUAAUCGACUGUGGGGUUGAGAGUUUAAAAUGUAAUAACUAAUACAUUGAAAUGAGAUCAUCAACAAAGACAAAUACUGACUAUUGACUAAACAAUGUGGCCAAGUCGUUGUACAGCCUACUUGUGCACAUCAAACUGUGAUAUAGACUGCUAAGUUGUAUUUUGGUGCAAUUAUCAAUGAACUACUUUAUAAAAAUGUGUAAGACUGAAAGUUAUGUUUCAGUUAGGACAAGAUAUUGUGUGACUGUCGAUGUGUAUUUAUGUGUAUCGUGUACAUAAUGUGAACAAUUUUAUGUGUACAUAUUAUGUUAGUUCCUAAAUGAGCAUAAUUUUGUUCAAGAACAUGUCUGCCAUUUCAGGAUACUGAAUCAAAUAUAUUUAUAGACUAGUGUUA